AUGCAGUGCAAUACUAAAACACAACCGUUACGUAUUGGUUUACUUGGUUUUGGUCAUCUCGGACAAUUUAUUUAUCAAUAUAUUGAAAGUGAACGUCAUAAAUUAACAUAUGAUUUUGAUUUAAUUUUUAUAUGGAAUCGAUCAAAAGAUAUUUUUUCAACAUAUGAUAAACCAUUUAAUCAAAAUUUAAUUGUAUCAACUGUUGAAGAAGGUUUACAACGUUCACCAGAUUUAGUUAUUGAAGUAGCACAUCCAAAUGUUAUU